AUGAGUUAAAAUAAAGAAAAGGUUGAAUCAGAGCUUUUUCAAAUGUAUCAGAAUGCCAUUGAUUUGUUGGAAGAAGAUUAAAUUGCAGAUGGCAUUGCAAUCCUUAAGAAAUUGAUGAAUCACCCCUCCAUAAUAAAUUAAGAGGAUAAAAAGAUUCUCUAUGGAAUUUAUAUGUCUUUGGCUGAAAUAUUGGCACAAAGCGAAAAUGUUUCUGAAAAAUGCGAAGCCUUAAAUUAUUAUUAUUAGAGCACAUUAAUAGUAGAAAAUUGCUGGUAAACCUACAGAAAGAUGUCGCUUUUAUUUCGUCAACUUGGAAUGAUGCCAAGAGCUUUAAAUUUAAAUUUAAAAGCUCUUUAAUAUUGUUCAUAAUGCAUUCUAACUUAGCCUCUUCUAUAUUAAGCUUGUUGCAUUAGCUUUUUAAUGGAUAGUUGGGAUGAUUUCAAUCAAUAUUUUAAGAUGAUGAAGGAUGAUACUAAUUUGAAGCAAUAGAUACAAGAACUAGAAAACUACCAUUUAACUAAACAAAAAACAGCUUUUGUUAAUACAUUGUUGAUUGAAUAUAAUCAAAUUGAACAAAAGCUACAGUCUUUACCUGAGAAUUAAAUUUAUUAUCUUCUCUAAGAACAACAAUUUGAAUAAGAGAUUUUUUUAGAUACUUAAAAUAUCAGAAAGUUCUUUAAAGAUAUCAAAUGUUUGUUUCAAAUUAAUCUCAAUUUUAGAAAGAAUCCAUCUAAAGAUAAUUAUCUAAUCGCUAGUACAAGGAUUACUGUAACAUCAAAUCAAAACAAAAAAAAAACUUUUGUUUCAAAAGAAUAGCCAAGUCAAGUAGUUAGAUAAAUUGAAAAGCAGAAAUCAAAACAAUCAUAAUAUUAAUAAUAGUUUAAUCUAGAUUAAAAUAUCUAUAAUUCUAAUACAAAAUUAAUCGAUCUUAUUAAAUAAAAUUAUGGUUGGGAUAUGGUUUCAUUUUCCAUGAUAAAUAACAAUACUAAAAUAUCAAAUGAGCAGAAUGAAUAUUAAGGGUGUUCCAUUUCUAAAUUUUUAUCUGAACGAUUAAGCAACUAAAGUUUCCUUACUGUUAUUGAACUUUUAAAGAAAUUAAUUAUAUUAAUUCUACAAGAUUUUCUUUCUUAUAAAUAAUCAAUUCAAAAUUUUAACUUUGUAUCCAAAGGAUUAAUUAAUUGUGUUGUUUGGGCUCAAUAUUUCACAAACAAAUUGGUGGAUGAUCCCUUUUUAAAAUUGUAACUAUUAGAAAUUGCUUUUGACGAGUUAAAAUCACGUUUCAAAGAAAAAAAGCCUAAAUCUCCUGAAGAAUAAAAUAAAAUCAAGAAUUACAUUCUUUUCAUCAAUAAUAUGAAAUUGGAAUUACUACAAACUGAUAUUUCGAGCAUUUUGAUUAAUAGCAAUUAAAGAAAAGAAUAUUUGACAAAGUAUUCAAUCAUAAUGGCUACCAUUCAUAGCGAUAUUCAUUUCUUUUAACCUAAAAUGGCGAAGCAUUUUGCUAGUUAAUUGAAAAACAGUAAAUUAAAAUAGUAAAUUAAUGACAAAAUACUAGCUUAUAAAAUAGAAUCUGAACUCAAAACCUCAAAGUAAGUUCUAAAGAUUAUUACGUAAUGGGAAGAGAGAGAAUAAAAAUUGGAAGAUAAUGAAAAAAUAAGAACAUAUAUUAUAUAGGUUAUUGAAUAUUUAAAGUCUAAUAAGAAUAAUAAUUUAUUGUAAAGGUUGUCAAUCAUUUUUCUAAAUUAAUUUUAGUUUGCUUGUCGAAUUGAGGAUUUAAAAGAGAUAUAAAAGUUUGUGUAACCCUUGGUGUUGUAAAUUUUAAAUCUUAAUAAUUUCGAUUUCGAAAUAGAUAUAGGAUUCAUUUUCCUCAAGUUUUCUUUCGUUUAUUCUUUGAUAGAAAUUGACUCUAGUGAAAUUUUGGCCAAAUUUACUGAAAUAUUUCUAGCAUCACCAAAUAACAUUAAUAAAUAUCUAAUUCUUUUAGAAGUACUAAAAAUACAUAAUUUUAAACUAAAUGAUUAUUUUAACUUUGUAAAUAUUGAUACUAUUUUAAUGGAGUUUAUUGAUAUUAAAAUAAAAUCCAAAUAAAAGUACAAUUAAUUAGUAGAAUUUUUUAAAAAUAAUAUUGAAGCUGAUUUAGAGUUAAAUUAUUAUUUACUCCAUUUACUAGAAUUAAAAAUUCAACAUACACCUUAAUUCAUUGUCUAGCCUAAUACACUUGCUAUGGAAGUUGAUAAAUUUGAAACUAAAUUACCUCAACCAGACUCAUUUUCUGAUGCAUCAGAAGAUGAAUUGGAAUAGCCAUGUUAGUAUAAAAAUGAAUUCAAAACUAUGGUAUUAGAAGAAAGUCAAAUUGAAUCUUCUUUUAGGAUAACUAAAAAAAUCUUCUAAUUUUCAAAUAAAACAGUGGAAUUUCUAAUUAAUCAUUCUAUUUAAAUUAAUGUAGGCGACCCUAAGAUUAUUAAUCAUAUUAAAAGAUUUGCUAAAGAAUGUGUCAAAUGCGAGUUCGGCAUGAGUACUAAUGAAUUAAGUACUUAACUAUAUCAAAUAGUAAUCUAAAAAUAUUAUCUCUAAGCUGAAUUCAAAAAAGAGUUGACAAAAAUAGAACUACAAUUUUUGGGUUAUUUUUUACCUCAUUGCAUCAAGACUGUUUCAGAUUUCAAAUAAAUCAAUGAAUUUUUACUAACCAAUGUAUAUCCAUCACUUAAUAAGCAAAUUGAACAAGAAAUCGGUGUAUUUGUAGAAGAAUUAGAAUCAUAUAUGUUUGAUAAUCAAGAGUUAGCAUAAAGCUUUCCACUUGAGGAACAUUAUAAUAACAUAAAGAAUUGGAAAAUUGAAAGUGAUUAUAAAGCAAAUUUAUUCUAUUUGUUAUAAAGAGCUCAAGAAAUUCUUGAUGAAUAAUCUGAAUAUUCACAAUUUAAGAAUUUUCUGUUUGCUCUAGCAUAUAAGGAUUCUUAAUUUUUAUGGAAUGAAUUUUAUAUUACAUUAUUUGAUAAAGCUAGGAAUCAUUUAUCAUAGAGGAAAAAGUCAGAUGUAGAUUGGUUUAACUGUCAACAAAGAGUACAAUCAAUAAUUUAGAAUUAUCCUGAUUUACAUUAUUUAGAAGAGCAUUUUAUGAUAAUGGAUCUCUUACAAUUAUAGGAAUAAUAAAAUAUCUACUAAACAACAGUUUCUUAAUAAAAAUUCAAUUAAAUUUAAUAAGUAUAUGAGAAAUUGUUCAUGAAAAAAUAAAUGAUACCAACCAAUGUUUUUGAUAUAAAAAAUAACUUUAGACUAUUGCUGCUUUAAGAAAAGGUUGUAAUGAGAAAAUAUUAUAAAAUUAAUAUUGAAGAUAUUGCAUAAAAUUUGGAAAAUCUUUAAAUUCUCAAAUCUUUGAUUAAUCAAAUGAAUAACCAUUAAAUAUUGUAUUUCCUUCAUUCAAAAGAUAGUGAAGUAGAAAUUAAAUAAGAUUUAUUAAUAUCAAUAUAUAAAUUUAUCAGAAGAUAUUUAAGACAUCAAUUACAUAAUCAAUUGAAUUAAUUGAUAGAACUCAUUAAGUAAAAACUUCCUUAUUUAUUGAAUCCAUCUUAAAAUUAACUUUAAUUCUAAUUUGAACUAGAUAAAAAACAUUUUAAAAUCCAAAAUUUUGAUUAGGAUUAAUUAGAAUAGGAAAAAAAUACACAAUUUUCCAAUUUAGAGGUAAACCUAAUUCUAAACAAUAUAUUAGAGGAAUUUAUUGGGAAUAAAAAAAGAUUGAUUAGAAAAAAACCAUAAAGGUUUUUGAUUGAAUCAUUUUAUUAUUCUACUCAUUUAUUAUUUCAUAGUAAUGCCUCAAUUGAUUAAGUUUUCAAUUCAAUUCAAUCGGUUUAUUUACCGAACACAAAAGACUUAAUUUAUUAUUACAAAUCAAUUGAUAGGUAUAAAUGUGAAAAAGAUAAAAUUCUUAGUUAGUAUUAUUUUCAUGAACUUAAUUUUUCAUACUAGAAAUCUAAAAUAUUGAAAUUAAUCCUUAAAAUUUUAUUGAAACAAAAGAAAUACAAAGAAAUUGUAACACUGUUAGACAAGCUUAACAAAACAUAUGAUUUAAGGUUGUUUUAAGCUGUUAUUGGAUUAUUAACAGCCAUUAAAUAUAUUGAAGAGAAAAUCUUAAUUAGAGAUAUCAUCAUAAAGGUUGAAUCUUUAAGUAAAACUAAUGAUUUUUUAAAAGAUGAUCAAAUCUUGGAAUUAUUAAAUAGAAUGUAUAUAAAAUUAUAUGAGAAAGAGCAAUAGGAAUAAGGUCUAAAUGAUGUUGAAACUGAAAUAAGUGAAAUUAAAAUUGAAAAAGGAAAGAAAAUCAUAGAGGAUAUCAAGGCAAUAAAAAGGAAGCCAACGAAAAUAAAAGAUAAUCAAUAGAUUUCCUAAUAAUAAUAAUCUUAAAUCUAGCAAUCCUAAAUUUAGAAUUAAUAAUAAUUGUAUUAAUAGUCAAGUGAAUACAUUAAUGAUGAAAUAGGCUAAUUUAAAACCUAAGAGGGAUCUCUUUCGCCACUUAUUGAUUUAGAUAUUGUAUGA